CGCUGCGGGGCGGGCGGCGGGCGGCGAUGCCGGGAUAGCGCGGGCGGCCAUGGCGCGGGGAGCCGGCCCGGCGCUGCGCCUGCUGCUGCCGCUGCUGCAGCUCCUGGCGCUGCCCGCGGGGCGCGGCAACCGCACCGGGGCCGGCUCCCUGUUUGUCUCCGAGUAUUUCUCGCAGAGCGCGCAGAGGCUGUCCUUCUACAGCUGGUAUGGGAACGCCAAGGUCUUCCACUUCCACGUGCCAGAAGAUACCGUGCUGCUUCGCUGGCUUCUGCAGGCAUCCAGGGGGAAAGAGCCUGAGUGCACCAGCAUGGAGGUCACAGUGCACUUUCGCCAUGGAGCCCCUCCUGUAAUUAAUCCACUGGGCACUCAUUUUCCUGCAAAUGCAACCGUCCGUCCUUCCUAUAACAUCAGCAUCACUCUGAGCAGCAUUGUGCAGAACACCACCUUUGUGAACAUCACUACCCCUGCUGCAGGAGACUGGUUCAUUGCUGCACAUCUCCCUGAGGCUGCUGGCAGAAUUGAAGUGAAGGGUUUCUCCACUCCAUGCACCUAUAUGUUUCAGGCAGAUAUGUUUGUGCUUAGACUCACUGAUAUGCCUGUUCUGGAGCCUGGUGUUGCCAUGCCACAAACCAUCGUCUCACCUGCUAAGCCACUGCAUGUCAAGGUUUUUGUUCCCAAGUACACUGCCAGAAUGUGGUUUGAGCUGCGAAGCUGCGUGACAAGUGAGCGGAAAGCAUGCGCUGUGAGGGUAGUGCUGGGCUCAAUCACGCUGCCACAGUCCUUCCAGAGGAUCAUCACCUGCACGGGGAACGUGAACUGCAGCGUAAGCCUGGAUUCACCCCCCUGGGAGAAGUGGUUGCAGAUCAUGGUGGAGAGUCUUGGCACUGCCAAUGCAAGUGUGUCAGUGGAGAUGCUGGCUUCUUUCACAGAUUGCAGACCAGGAAGUACCAGUUCAUUCCUUAACUUCAGCAGCCUAAACCAGAGCCAGGCUGGUUCUGGACCAGGGAGUCCCACUCCAUCUACAGGAAUGGCUUUACGCAACACUUCUGACCAGAGGAGCUUCUGCCUCCAGAAUCAGCCUGUUGUUCGUGAGGACCUGGAUGUGGUGUCCGUGCGGUACAGGCUCUUGAAUGGUCCCAGUGUAGCCGUGUACUCCAUCUCCCCAACCCUCCUGCUCCUCAACUUGAACAGUGGCAUGGACAGCGGGGGUUCCCUUGUGGUGAAUCUCCUGCUUAACAAGACGUCGCUGAGCCAGGCCAAUGCCACUGUGGUAGCAUGUGUGAGCGCUGCUUCGCCGGUGCUGUCUCUCAAUACCACGCAGAACUGCAGCACAGCUUUUUUCCAGGGCUACCCUCUGAGUGUGAGCACGUCCUCUGCGGAAGCAAUGCUGAUUGUCCUGUACCCACAGACAGAUGACUGGUUCCUUUCCUUGCAGCUCAUCUGCCCAAAGGGCCAGAGUGAAUGUAACACCGCAGAAGCCAAAGUGACCGUCAUAGCAUACCUCACCCCCUGCUUCAAUGACUGUGGGCCAUAUGGACAGUGCAGUCUCCUGAGAAGACACGGCUACCUCUAUGCUGGCUGCAGCUGUAAAGCUGGUUGGAGCGGGUGGAGCUGCACAGAUGAUACCAAGGCCCAGUCCGUUGGUGCACAGAACCUGGCCACCCUCCUGCUCACGCUGAGUAACCUCAUGUUCCUGCCGGCAAUAGCGGUUGCUGUUUAUCGAUACUACCUGGUGGAGGCCUCUGUCUACACCUACACCAUGUUCUUCUCCACGUUCUACCAUGCAUGUGACCAGCCAGGCAUCGCUGUGAUGUGCAUUAUGGACUACGACACACUGCAGUACUGUGACUUUUUGGGCUCUGUGGUGUCCAUCUGGGUGACGAUCUUGUGCAUGUCCCGGGUGAAGAAGAUUCUGAAAUAUGUUCUUUUUGUCCUGGGGUCACUGCUAAUUGCCAUGUCCCUGCAGCUGGACCGCAGAGGGGUGUGGAACAUGAUGGGUCCCUGCCUGUUUGCCCUCGUCAUCAUGAUCUCAGCAUGGGUUUACCAUGGAGUGAAGCGCAGACACUGCUACCCCUCCUCGUGGAAGCGAUGGGUUUUCUACCUCCUACCAGGGAUCACCUUGGCUUUCAUUGCCAUCUCAGUAUAUGCGUUCAUGGAAACCAAUGAGAACUAUUACUACACUCACAGCAUCUGGCACGUGCUGGUGGCUGGCAGUGUUGCUUUCCUGCUUCCACCUCGGGACAAGCAUAAGAAGCCCUGGGCCUGGUCACAGAAGCUCACGUGUCGCUAUCAGAUUUGCCAGAAUGACCGUGAGGAGCUCUACGCUGUCACCUGAACUGCUUGGCUCCAUGUCCCAGAGGUGAAGGGCUGGUAAGGUUGCUCUUUGCCAGGCCAGCCUGGGCUGCCCCUCUGUAGCACACUGGCAAUCUUCUUAUGUGCUCUUUCACUGACUGGGGCAGCACAGUUAGCUAGACUGGUUUUAAAGAUGAAGACGGUGGGCUUGUCUUGUGAAGGCAAGUUUGAGGCCCCCUCCACUUUUGUGCUGGGAUGGGGCAGGCUCUUCGUGGUUCCAAAUCAAGGAGUAGUCUGCCCACCACCUGCCCCAUGGCCCUGGGGGAAAUUGCCAACCCUUCUUCCCUUCCUACUGUAUCAAUAAGGCUUGGGCUCAGCCCAUGCUGCCCUGGAGCCAGAGGCUGCUGGGCUCUUCCCUGCACUCGCUCUCUUAGCAGAGGUCUGUGGGGCAGAGAUUUCCCCUGCUAUCCUGCAAUCAGAAUUUGCUUUGUCAACAGAAGAACAGAUGAACAGAUUUCUUCUGCCCCUGACCUGGAGGUAGAUGCUUUUGAGUGCUCUUGGUGCUGAAGGGGAGAGAGCUGAUCUCAGUCCUUGGUUUGGUCCUUGGUUGCUGUCUCCUAUGUGAGUCUGGAGCCCCUCUCUUUGUGAAACAGGUGAUGCUGCUCUUACCUAGUCCUGAUUCUGGAGGGGAUGAAGGAGACCUGAACUUGGGCCCUAAAUUAAGGAUCAGACUUGCCUAGAAUGUGAAAAAAACGUGGUCAUGUGCAAGAGCGUCAGCGGCAUCUGCCUCAGAACUGUGAAACACACAGCAGCACGAGUUUAGUCUGAGUUUUCCUUUUGUCCGUCUUAGUUCAUCUGGAAGGAACUAGGCUACUGUACUUUCCCCUUCCUCUCUUCAUGUUCAGGUAUUUGCUGUCUUCCUUUCUUUUGUGGGUUCAGCAGCUCUGCCCAGCUAACACAGGUGGCAAAGUCCCUCAGGACUCCAGUGUGGUUGGUGGUGGGCUGUGGCACUUUGCUUGCAAGUUAAGUUAGUUACACUACCCCCAAUUCCUGCACCUUUGGACAGCAAGAGUUCACUCUGUAUCUGGGUUGGGGUCAACCUGUGCUGAGCUGGAACCCAGGGCCCUACAGCAGCUCCAACCUGAAGGCAUGCUCCAGUCCUGCAGUCAUCUGAGCGCAGUGUGGUCUUACAGCAGGUUUGUUAACGUGCUUUGAAUGUGUGCUGCGCCCAGCACCUUUCCUGUGCUUGCAUACAGCAUCAGGUUGGAGCUGUGCCAUCCUUGUGCUUGGCUGGUUGUGGCUCAGAGGCUGGGUGUGCUGCAGUCAUGGCUGCUCUCAGGCUGUUGCCAGUGUCCCUGUCCCAGUCCCUCCAAGAGCCACCUCCAUGAGCUCCCAAGGUAGCUUUAGUCUCCUUGGGUUCAUCUGUCUCACCUUAGCCUUAUUGGAGGGCACUCAGACAUAAGAAAGCAAGACCAGCAACAGAAUUGGCAACUAGGAAAGUAGUCUUUGCCCAUCCUAAUUAUAUAGAUAAGGGCUCAAAUACGUGGUUCCCUGCCUGUUUAUUCCAGCCAUGGAGGAUGGCUGAGGGAAAACAGUAUAGUUGACAUCCAUGUGUUUUUGUUGCAGCCUAAGGUCUGACUCUCUGCAAACUCACUAAUUUCCAUGCAACUGUGACCCCAGUAAUUGGUGCAUAUCCUCCCACUCUGGGAUCAGUGUGUGUGGCAUUUAAUCUGUCUAGCUGGGGAAGGUGAAGGUUCACACUGCGUUACUCCUGUUGAUCAGAACUGGUCUGCAGAGCCAGCUAUCCUCCUUUUGGGAGGAAAGAGCUAUUAACGAAGGAUAACACUUCCAAGUUUAUAGGAAACAGAUUUAUUUCUUUGCUUUGAAUAAUAUCCAGCAUUCUGCUCAGCUCUGCACUUUAACUUCUUGCAAUUAAUCCAAUCUCUGCCUAAUUAAUCUGCCUGUUAAUCCAGCGUCUGGCUUUGCACCAGGAAAGGAACGACCCCAGGCACCAGCAUACACUGGGGGUGCCCAGCCAGAAAGCAGCUUGGCAGGAAAGGCCCCUGGGGGUCCUGGUGGACACCAGGUGGAACAAGAGUCAGCAGUGUGUCCUCGCCAUUAAGAAGGCUGACAAUUCUUGGCUUCAUCAGGCAAGUCGUGCCUGCAGGUCCAGAGAAGUGAUCAUUCCCCUCUGCUCAGCAUUGAUGAGGCUGUACCUGGAGGGCUGCAUCCAGUUCUGGGUCUCCCAGUACAACAGAGCCCUGGGUGGUGUACUGGAGAGAGUCCAGGGAAGAGCCACCAAGAGGCUGAAAGGACUGCAGCACCUCUCCUGUGAGGAGCGGCUGAGAGCUGGGGCUGCUCGGCUGGGGCAGGCUCUGAGGGAUCUCAUCCAUGCCCAUCAAUACCCGAAGGGAAGGAGCAGAGAAGACAGCCAGGCCUCUCCCAGCAAUGUCUCUGGUCCCGGCACUGGGCACAACCUGGAACACAGGAGCUCCUCUGCCCACCAGGCAGCACUGCUGUGCUGUGCGGUGCCGGAGCCCUGGCACAGGCUGCCCAGAGGCUGCGGGGUCUGCUCCUCGGAGCUCCCCCAAAGCCGCCUGCCCGUGGGGCUGUGCCCUGCUCUGGGUGGCUCUGCUGGGCAGCGCUGGGGCUGGGGGACCCGAGGUGCCUCCAACCUCAGCCGUGCUGUGAUUGUAGAAAUGCAGCUCUCCCGCAGUGCCUGCCUGCAAGGGCUCAGGGCCACUCCCCCCCUCCCCCGCCCCGUGUAACAACCUCAAGGCCGCAGUCCCCUUCCCCUGCGCGUUCCGUCCACGCCCUGUGCGCAGCGGGUGCCGGCAGCCCCUCUGCACCGUGCCCGCCGGUGCUGCCCCGACCGACUGAAGCAAUAAUCCUCCUCCGGCCUUUUGCGCUGGGGCUCAGCGCCUGCGGCUCCGGGCGAGCAGCGGCGGCACCGCGCGCUGUGUGCGGUGCUGGAGCUGCGUGGGCCGGGGGAGGGCCUUUCCUUCCUUAUUUCGGGUGAAAUCGGAGGAAAUCCCCGCGUCUGGAAGGAAAGGUUGGGUUUUUUUUGUUCGUUCGUUUGUUCGUUUUUUCUUUGCUGUUCAUACCUGUGAUUAUUUUAUACGGUAAAUUUUAAAGCUUCUGAUUUUAUAAUUUAAUAAACGUAAUGGUAUUUGAGGGCAA